AUGGUUCAAACGCAUUCUCCGUCGUUGGUGGAAGUGAUGAACCUUUCAUCAUCACCGAGUUCUCGCAGUAAGAACAACAACAAGAAUGAAAUCAACCAUCACUCCCAUACGAAAAUAACGGAAACAGCUACAACCAUCCAAUCCGCACGAAAUGAUGGCAUGAUCAUACAAAAAAAUAGUAUCAUAAGAAAAGAUCAACAAUAUUCGGUUGUGAGGAUGAAUGGUAGUAAUGGACAUGCUUGUCAUAAUGAUCAUGAUAAUGAUCAUGAUAGUGAUGAAAUAAUGAAUCGUGGAGAGUUUUCUCAUGAUCAUUUGGGAAUUCUCUCGGAAUUACCAGUAGAUUUACUUUUUGAUAUUUUUGAAAUGAUUGAACUGAAAUAUGUGAUACGCUUUGCGUUUUUAAAUAAGAAGUUUUGUGCUCUCCUCGGAAGAUACUUGAUCAGUAAUGAACGAUUUGUGAACAAGUAUUUAAAAUGUGAGCCUCAAAAACGACGAAACGAUACAUUGGAUUUUCCAUACAUGAUACGUGUAAAUAAUGUAACACUAGAGAACACAUCCACCUCAUCAUCGUCGCGAAUAUCUACGGAUGAUUUGAGCUGGUUGGAAAAAAUAGGACCUUACCUUUUUGAAAUAAUUUUGGAAAGUUUGAUAUCCUCAAUUCAAGAUUCACAGUUUGUUGAUAGUGGUGAAGCAGUGAGACUGCUCAAUUUUUGGAAUGUCAGUUUUCUUCAUUUGUGCAGCUAUGAAAAAAUCAAACGAUUAUUCAAAUCUCUUGGGACGUGUGUAAAUAAUAAUAAUUCAUUGGUAGAGCAAGUUUAUCUAUCGUGUGGACCACAACGAAUACUGAAUGACAAAAUUACAGAAUUCUUAGAUGUUACUAAUUUUUUAACUAAUUUAGAAUUGUUUCCAUGUGAUCGAUUUACACAUGCACACAUUCGAGAAAUUUAUUUGAAUGGAUUUAUUGCCACGACGCCGAACGAUCUCAAUACGCUAAUCAUUGGGUGCUCCAAACUCGAAAAAUUUUUUAUUUCAUUUGCCCUCAUUGACGGCAAUAACACCUUUCCACAUUUACUUCCAUUGGAAGCUCCAAAAAAUUUACGAGAAAAUCUCACGCAUCUCUCAAUUAGGAAUAUUCCAUCUGUAUAUACCAGGCUGUUAUCAGUGAUUGAUAUAUUUGAAACAUUUGAAAGCCUCAAAUAUUUUGAAUAUGAUGAAAUUAGCGGAAGUGGAGGAAUACAUCCCUAUGUAAAAUUUGACCAUUGUGAAAAUGUCAUAUCAAAGUUUCAAAAAUCAAAUCUUGAAACUCUAAUUUAUAGACCUGCUGGAUCUCAUCAGAGACAACUGGCUCAAGCCAAUGAACGAGAAUUGAUCAUUGAAGAAAUAAGAGAAUAUUUUGCGAGCUAUGAAAACGUGGCUCCUCUUUUCCCUAAACUAAGAAAUAUUGAAGUAUCGGACUAUCAAAUUGAACGAGAAUGUAAAUAUGACCCUAUUUCUGCUCUCAUUUACCACAUUUUACCACUCGCUGCCCAAUAUUCACAGCAUGGCCUCUCGUUAACACGGAUAUUUGCACCAAGUGAUUGUAUGACUUUAGUGACACUUUUAAACUGUAACAAAACCAUUUCAGAGAUGAAAUUAGGAGGAAGAGAGAAGAAGCAGUUAGUUUUUUCUUUCAUUCGCGCCUCAAAUUCGAAAUUCUCUAACCUGCAGGCUUCUACCAUCGUUUUUUCCAAGCCAUUCACAAACUUGAGUCGAUUAAUUUUGGACAAUUUAGACGAGCUAGAAAAUAAUGUGCUCAUCAAUAUUGCCAAACACUGUCCAAUGCUGUUGUUCUUGAAAGUCAUUGAUUGCAGUUUUCAAACGGUAAGCGCCACACAAACAAUUCAUGAUUUGAAUCAGCUCAAGUUACAAAGCAUUUUGAUCGAGGGAUGUAUGAUGGUGGCGUCGUCUCAUCUGUAUUCUCUUAUCAUUCACAGUAAUGAAACUCUGGAAAGUGUUGAAAUUAGAUCCUCCACACUUGUUCCUUUUCAUGGAAAAAUUCAACAGAAAGGACUUGUUGAAAUGAAAAAGCUCACUACUCUCUUGCUACCUAAUCUUCAUGAAGAAAAUUACAAUGAAAUUAUGAACAAUCUAUCGAUCUUGUGUGCGUUUAGUUGCUUGACACAUAUUGAUAUAUUCGGAAAUGUUGGACAAGGAUUUUUAACUCUCACAGAAACAAAUAGCAAACUACAAAGUGUCAACAUGCUAGGUGCUACACUCUCGCAAGAACAAGCGGAUCAAAUCUUUCAUGUAAUCACAGAGAGAUCGAUAUGCAUCAAAAAUUUGGAAAUUGAGAAUGCAUUCAAUCCUGUUUGUUUGCUCCGACUUUCCAGUCAUUCUACACACCAAUUGACGAGUUUGAAAUUGGUAGGAACACUUCUUGGUUCUCGUCAGCUUGAUGAAAUUGCACAACUGAUCAAACAAUGUCCCAAUCUUGAUACCUUAUUUUUAAGCUGGGAGACAGGGUUGCCACAUGCUGAGUUUUUUGACCUUCUUGUUCAAUAUUGUCCAAAGCUCUCUAUUGUGAUUUUUGCAGGAAAUGGCCUUCUGUUGGAUGUCACGUAUUCACACAUCCUUGAAUUUGCCAUUUCAUUGAAAUGUCUUUCAUUGCUUCAUUUAGGAAUGUCUCCAUCUAUCACAAGCAAGCCGCCAUUCUCUCUCAAUGAUCUCAACAGAAUGUACAAGGAACGUACCCAAAAAACUCCACCAAGAAUAAUCAUUCCAACUCUCAUGAAAACAACAGACCAUUAUUUACCGAGUUCAGUUGCUGGCUCUACAUGCAUUUUGGCUUGA